AUGCAUAAACUGAGGAUCAAAAAUGCGGGUCCUCAGGAUAGUGGUAUCUAUCAUUGUUUCGCCAAGAACCGUCAUGGACAGGCUAACAGUGAAAAAGCAAAGGUGACAGUCCUAAGGUGUGUUGAUAAUGUAAAAAAAGCCCAGCAAUUUCAAUUUUGCAUGCAAUUUGGCAUUUGAUUCUUUGUCUUUUGGCAUGCCCCUUGACAUGCAUAAAAGCUAUCAAUUUGGCACACGAUUCGGUGUGCAGUUUAACAUGCAAUUUGGUAUGGCCUUUGACAUGCAUUAAGUCCUGAAUAAUUUGAUCUAAUCACUCACUUGGGUUGGUUUUUUAUUCAUCAAUAACGAUCCAAAGUAAAAAACAAGCAUUGGUAUUAAUCGGUAAGGAAGAAAUGGUAUGAACGGUCGAGAGGUCCCUGGAGGGUUAGGCAUUCUUCCACGCAGGGGGAGGGGGUGAGCGUUGAAGGAUUUUCAUCCUUAAAAAUAAUGUUAAAUCAAAUUCAAAAUUGAGUAAGAUCUGUUCCGACAGAAGUCUGUUUGAAUAACAGCACCCUUACAUAUUACUUGGUCAAGAACUCAAUCUCGGACCAUGCGUACAUCAUUAGCACUUCUGUUAAGAACGUCCCUUAAAAUGCAAAGUAUGCUGCGAUUAAAAAGAGGGAAAAACAUCCAGUCUGUGCCCUUUGAUCUGCGAGAACUGGCCAAACAUCUUUUUUUUUUUUAAGUGAUGGGACAUGCAAGCCAUACAACGGAACCAUUUGCUCAAGAUACAUCUCCAAGGAUACAAAAGUGUUUGUUCAACAACUCAGACCACAGCGUGAAUCGGAAAAGAAAAUUAUUCAUACAGCUUCAGUCCUAACAGGCUACAUGAGUACUCAAUGCAAAGAUUCGCUUCUGAGAGCCCUCUGUUACAACCUCUUUGCACCGUGCCAAGGCGGAAAGCAUAGGAGAUCUCCGAGACGCCUUUGCAAGGACGAUUGUGAAGUUAUUCAAGGCAGGGCCUGUUCAAAAGAAAUAAAGUUGCUUAACGAAAGGCUUGGCGGAAAUGCCGAUGAAAUUAUUCCAAACUGUUCCUCGUUGCCGUUUCAGAGCACAGUUGAAGCAAAGAAUUGUUUACCGAUAAGUAAGUGUUCAGUGAUGCUAAGUGAGUAAUUCACAACUCUUUUCAAUCUUAUAAGUCGAUAAUUUUUACAGAUUUUAUUUUUGAAUCUUAGAUUUCUUUGUGAUUUUAGUUACAGGGCCCUUUUGAUAAUAGUUCUUUUAAUAGAAUUGAUAGGUUAUCCUGUAUAAAUAUUCGCCUUAUUAUUAUUAUUAUUAUUAUUAUUAUUAUUAUUAUCAUAAUGUGCUAUUGUGUUGAAGAAAGAGUGGGGGCGGGGGGCGGCGAAUAACUCUGUGGGUGUACUUAACAAGAAGCAUGCUGUUUAGGUUAACGGUUCUUUGAGGUUUGUUAUGUAACAUUUUAACUUCUGUGUUUUAUUUUUAUUGUCAAGGAAACAAAAUGCAAACGUGUGAGACGUCCAAAGGUGAGACAAAAGAAAAAUCGAAUCAUUAUAACUACUUUUUUGUAAGAAAAAAUAUAUACACGAUAUGUUGAUUGCUGAAGUGAUGGGUGAAGAAGAGAGAGUUACAAACAUUUGAACAUCAACAAAGAGGCAUAUUUCUGUGAGCGAAAUCAAAGUGACCAUGUACAUUUUUCGUACGGUUUCCGAAUCGUUUUCGAAAUUUUCACGAGGAAUCCUAAACGUGAACAAAGGUUACUAGUAAUGAUGUAAAAUUUGAAAGGAAAAAAAAAACUUUGAAAUAUUUUUUUAUCAUGCAGAUCCAUUUCAAGCAAACAUCAAGCCAUUAAAAAGGACCUUUUCGAUAUGCAGUAAAAGAUUUAGCCGGAUCGAUAAAAUUUACAACAAAGAGGUACUCAGUCUCGUGAAAAACGUGAAGGCAGAGCUGCACAAUGGUAACAUGGCGCUAGAAUCACAGUCUAUGGAGUUAUCGACUUAUUGUCUUUCUGCCUCUCUCCCUCUGAGCAAACUGGUUCGUGAUUGGACAGCUUACUUUAGGACGCCACUCCUCCCCAACCUCCCACGACCAUACAACUUGACGGUUCUUGGAUUGGAAAUUUCGAUGGUCAAUUCAAGUGUUGGCUCCAUAUGGGUUCCUCUCGGCUACGCAGCAAUAUACACAGCACACAGGAAGAUCACCUUGCGAAACGUGACCUUCUUUUAUCGACACCAGUCAGGACAUGGAUCCUUCAUUGCUAAAGGGAAGUACAAAAUUUGUGAUACUGUUUUUGAUAUGACUGUCGAAUCACUUCCAGAUGGUAAUGUCAAGCUCAGCGGUAAUUCAGAAACACCCAUUGAUGUAAGCACCAUCGAAAAUGCCUUCGUGUCCGCAAGUCCGUCUUCGAUGUUGGUCAAAGCGAUCGAAAAAGUCAACUUAUUUGUGCUUCGUUUGAUGAGACCUUCCAUGGAAGCAUACAUCAAUAAAGAUUUGAUUGUGAAAUUCUCUGGAAAGUCAUACUUAUACAUGGACACUAGCACCAAGGCAGUUCCUAUCACUCUGGAAAUUUUUGGCGGGAAGUGGGGAAGAGAAGACGUACUUUUGGCGGGAAUUACUAGCAGUCGGAUCACAAUGAACCAAGCAUUGCAUUUGUUCACAAGCUUAUCACUUCCAUAUUUGGACAUGCAUGCUUCCAACGAAUCAAGAGUAAGUGUUACACGAAAUCUUAAAGGUUAUCGAGUUUUUAAAGCUUUUAAAAAAUUCACGUGCUGACAUUUUUUUUGGAAUUUUUCAGGUUGGAAUAGUACUCUCUGCUCAGGCUCUGGACCUUAGUAAAAGUCCAUAUGAAAUAUUUAAGGAAGCACCGCUGGCACAUGCAUUUGCAGACACUGUCCCUGACGGUUUAAGCCUGGUAACCAGUGGAGCAAUUCCCGUUCAAACACACAAGGACAAUCAAGUGUGUCAGCUUUUCCAGGUUGAGCAAUUAUUUGUAAAUAAAAUUUUCAAAAAAAGGAUCCAUUCGUUAUUAAAGGGAAGGGCAGAACAAAAUAGGGCGUAAUAAAAGAUAAAUUGUAUAUCAUACCGCAUUUCUUUGGGCUGGAAAGGAUGGAAUUUUUACUGUGUGAACGUUGCACCACAAGAAGUAUCAACAGCAGCCAAUCCAAGCUAAAGAAAGAUACAGCAAGGGACCAAUGAAAAGUUAAAACAAGUAAAUCACUCGAAAAGCGGGAAAGCCCAAUUUAUUAAGUCGUGAUCGGCUUUCGUUUCGCAUCUGCUUGGUUGAGAGAGUGGGGCGAAUUUUCUGGACUAUUACAGGGCAAAUCAAAGCUAAAGCAAUGUAAUCUCAAACAACAAACGACACACAAUUGCAAAAUUUAUCUUUUCAUUUCACUAAUUUAGACUAUUUUUGGCCGUGGAAGUGAGCUUACACUGAAGGCAUCGACAAACUGGGCUUCCAUCAGCCUCGACUGGCAUUUUAUCAAUCUUGCUGCAGGAGCAUUGUCACCGUUUGACCGAGUGGAGAUGAAAAUGAAGGUACUCAUUCCCAAGAGUGCAAGAAUUCUACUGUCGUUUAUCAUGAUUAAAAAUUCUGCCUCACAUUACACGUAGAAAAAGAGGAUCUGCAGCGGUGUUCCCUUCAUUAAUAGUCUCUAGUUUUUCGGCAAGGUUUUGUUUUGAUGUCGCCCAAAAUGACGUCUUUUAUCAGCUCCUGUGAUGAAAAGCCGUUUUAAACAACACGUACAGAAAGAGAAGUGUUUUUACUUCAAACAGAAAGAACCUCAAGAACAGAAAUAUUUUCAUAAUUUUUUUGUCUUCCUUUUCAUUUUAAACCAAUAGAUCAAUGACACCAGGUUACUAAAGAUAGAGCCUUUGGGACACAUAAACAUCCCUCUUAGUGGAAUUCUUUACAAGAAAGGUCAGCGUUUAGACAGCUGGGAUUUAAGUGGUCAGCUGACAUACAGAGGACUAGAGGCAAACCUUGAAGCAAACUUUAAAACCCGAUCUGCUUGGAGAAAAGCCUUUGGAAUGGAGUACUUGACCAUGAAGAACCUACAGUUAGGGUAAGAACGGAAAGAACAGCGAGAUUUCGCAGUAAAAGUGUUGUAGAAAAAAAAUGGACUUGAUGAUCAAGUAAAACAAAAAGGAAAGUGAUUCGUUUACAUCGCAGCCAGUAACCCAUCGGGGAAGAAAGACAAAAAAAAUUGAAAAUGAGGAGUAAGGAUGAUUAAGAAUGGGAAUGAUUAAAUUGGAUUGGAAAGAGCAAAAUUUGGAGGAGGCCUGAUGAACACGCAGCGGAGGACAGUCCGUAGGGUAACUAAAACAGAAUUGUUCCUGCCGUCUUAAUUAAAGAACGCCUCAUCACCAUGCUUAGUUAAUAUCAGAUAGACAUUAUAUGCGAGAGGGAGUGAGAUUAUUGAACGAGGAAAGGGUGGGUUCAGUAGAGAGAUAAAUCACUGACACUAUAUCUUUUCAUUUCAGAUUAUCGUUACCGAUUGGCCAGUCACAAAAAAGCAGCGCUACUGGCCAAGCUGAACUUCAGCUGGGUUCUCUGUGCAAUGCAGCGCGCAAUCGUAAGAACGAAUCUAUCAAGGUAUGUAGAACACAGAUCAAUGGAAAAAAGAUAAAUUAAACGAGGUGUAACUUUCAAAUGUUUCGAUCGUCCAUGAUACAUCGUUUUGCAUAAAUUUUAUUUCAGAAAAGUUGCGUCACUGGUCAUUUGUCCUUGGGAUUGUCUGAUAAAUCUGCUGAUCGUUUCUUUUACGGCUCGCUGUCUCCUGUCAGUCUUCAAAAACUGCUUGAAGUGUGUAAUAUCAAUCACAAGCUGCCUGUCGCCCUGGCAACGAUAGGAUUUCCUGAAGGUCUAAAGGUACGAAAGAAGACUCCUUUACUUUCUCCAGUCCUCUAUGCAUGUUGGCCGCUUUGGGCCCAGGCCAUUUGGAGUGUUGCAGCAGUACUUUUCCUGGACUGGAAGCUGGUUCAUUGGAGGUUACCUCCAAUGUUUUACAAACUUUUCCUGUCCACUUGCAGGUAACCAUUGAAACCCCUGAAUGGGAGAAGCACUUGGAGAUUAGUCUCUCAAAAACCCAGCGCGCUGACCCGGCGAGAGAUUGCGCGCGGAUGUUUCGAUUCGAAGACCAGCGCACAGAUUGUGCAGUACCUCUCGUGCAUCUAAAAUUGUUCUGCAACCUCUAAUUUGGGAUUUUUUUCUCUUUUCCAGAUCUCUGCCGCAAAAGGAGCGCACAACCUUAGCGUUCUUGGAGGACCAACCAUAAAACCAGGUUUCAUUCUGUCAGGCAAGAUGAGUUUAUUCGGAAUUGAGACCACAGGAGCAGUUUCGCUUUUACCUGAAGAGGUAUUCAAGUCCGCAUAACACUUAAGCUUUUCAGACAUCUACGAGUUUGCGUGAAAACUUGCUAGCCUGUUCUUGCAGGCGCGUCUGCAAUGUGGGGGCUUAUAGUGGCUGAGUACCACGGUUUGUUCCGUUCGUUUAAGGGCUAUUUUUGUGAAAACUUAUUUGACUGAACAAAGGGCCUACUGGAUUAUUUUGUUUUGAACCGCCAUUUCAUCAAAAAAUAGCUUUAUUUCUAAAAUCAUUUCCUUUGUUUUCCAUUUCUCCAGUUUGUAAUUGAUGCCAAAAUUAAAUCAGAUGAAGAUCUCGCCACUAUGGACGACAUCACACUAUCAUCUUCCUCGACUGCGGGUUCCAAUCUUAAUUCCAAGCUUUAUCUGACAGCUCGAAUGGAUUCAGUUCCAUCCGUAAAGGUAAAUAAAAACAGUGAUGCAUCUGUACGAGACUAUGAGUGUAACAUCUCGGCGCAACAGCAAGCGUUUCCAAAACGUACUUAAAAUAAAAGCCGGGAGACAACCUGAGGCUUCAAUGAGAUGUCGACUAUGCAUAAUACCUGCUUCUCUUACCAGCUGAAAAGGAAAUGAGGAAAUUGCCUAAAGAGAUCAAUUUAAAAAAAAACUGUGAUGUCAAUCCGCGGAAACACUCCCUGAGAAGCACCGCUGAACAAAAAACAUAGCCUCGCUAAGCAGGUUUAAGCUUUCCUCGUUUCCAGACGACCCUCAAUUCUUAGAGCGCAAUGCGCGGGUUUUGCGGGAAUGUUGCGUCCAGUAAAUUGCUUAGCGAACCUUAUUUUUUCCCCCUCCUUAGGCACACCUUGACGGCUUUCCUCGGCUGUUUGGUAUAUUUAAGGACGUACAGAUGCUUGCUACCCGUGAUUCUUUGCAAAUUCAUCUGGCCAGUGACGUCAACAAGUCCUACAAAAUCGAUGUCCACUUGAUAACUAACUACAGCGCGAAUCGUAACGACACCCAAUUUAAUGCCAUGGUUGUCUUCGACAAUGGUUUGUCCAAGGUAAGAGGAUGUUUAAAGAGGAAUAAUAAUUAGGUGUUACAACAACUUUAACAUUUUGCAGCGUUAUCUGAAAAAUGUCCUCUACCGCUUUCUGUCAUUUUUCUCUCAAGAUUGUGAAUUUUCUAGCUCUAUGCUACUACUCGGAUCAAUGUCAUUAUCCCAACAACAGUCAACUGAUGGUUUCAUGUUAGGUCAGGAGACGGGUGGGUGCGCAGCUGGUCAGACACUGACAUUCAUCCAAAUAAUCUUCCAAAUUCCGAUGGUAACUUCUCACUGAGACAUGCGCAGAUCUAACACCCAACUUCCCUUCUUUUGCCUGUAUCGCAUGAAGACUCUAGAAUUCGCUUUAAAAGUAUCGAUAUAGCUGAUCGAUAGUAUCGAUAGCUGCAAGGAUCUCUUAAUUUCAUCUCUCCACCGCAGUGCAAAUAUAUGAAUUUUCAUAUAUCUAAAAUCAUCAUUCACUUUGAUGUUUAUUUGGACCCAAUUCAUUGACCAGCUCCCAGUUGGCUUGUUAGCUCAAUUGGUAGAGCGCUGCACCGGUAUCGCAGAGGUCAUGGGUUCAAAUCCCGUACGGGCCUGAAUUUUUGUCAGGUCCUAUUUACAACUACUCGUUUCAGUAGUGUUCUUAGCUGCGAGGAUCUCUUAAUUUCAUCUCUCUACCGCAGUGCAAAUAUAUGAAUUUUCAUAUAUCUAAAAUCAUCAAGUGUCGAUAUCUUUAAAAAAUUAUGAUUGAUGUGGUUUAUUUUCUCCUCAGUUGACACGUCUAGCCUCAGAUUACGUGGUAUCAAUGCUUGAAUCAGAGAUGUCGCGACUAAAAUCAGCCAAAAGUGAAGUACAACGCCUUAGAAGAGAAUGCAACAAAACAAUCAAACGAGAAUGCUUCUGGUGUUUGAACCAUGGAGUCUGUGCAAGUUCCUUCUCAGAUGCACAAAAUACCACGCAGAAGAAACGAGGUACGCCACGAAUCGGUUCACCGCUUGACAUUUGUCACCAGGUUGUAAUGAAACGUUGCCUAGUCAACUCUGGGUACCACAAUGUUUGCAGAUUCGUUAGUGCAAACUUGAGCAAGACAUGCGCAAUUCACCGCAGUGCGGCAAGGUCUCAAAAAGAGCUGGAGGAGGGACUGCGCUGGGUCAAGGAAGCCGACCAACUUAUGUACAGCGAACUGUUACAGCUCCACUCUAUUUCGUUCAAAACGAAUGUCACAUCAACCAAUCUGGAGAAGAUUUACUUGGAAACUACCUUAGAACUAACAAUAUUUGGACAAAAACAAAGACUCGAAGGUCGACGCAUGGACUUCAACGAAUUCAUGAAAUUUUCGUCGGAGAUUGCCAAGGACGCAGUGGACUGGUACCAAAAGACGCAGCCGCAGUCGAAGCCAAAAUUACGUCAUCCAGAUAACAGGCCAAGGUCUCCGACGUGGUAAGCGAAGAUACCACACAAAUCUUUUCCUCUUCUCUUAUACUUUUAAAGCGAACAGCAUUAAAGAAGGAAAUUUAAGUUUGUAACAAAGAUAUAGCCAAGGGAACUAAUGUUCCACAACGGAAGAGAUUUUACACUUUUAUUGUCAAAUAUUACGAAGAUUUGUUACAGUUGUAAAUCCAAUUGUUAAGUUCAAUUGUUUAAACAAUGAGCGGUGGUAAUGUCACUUUGAAUUAUGGAGAGCGGUAGGUUCGCUAGAUCUCUUUUGAAAUGCCUCGUUUGAGAAUUUCGUUAUUCCUGAUUAGUCGUGUGAUAGCGUCACGCAAUCAUGUCACGCACGGAAUGAGUUCCCAAAUGCACAGCUGUAGGAGCAGCGAUUUGGACACUGCUAUUGCAGGGACCGCGCAGAGGUCAAAACAAAAAAUAAUUUAACAAAAAUAAGGGGACCAAAAAUAGCCCCCCACUCAAAAUCUUGCAGCGCGGUCCCUGUAUUGUAAUUAUUUCGCUAUCUUUUAACACUGUUUAUCCUCUGCUCUUAAGAGACACGUUUCGCAAAGACUUAAAUAUUUUUAUAAAACAACAUUAACUGUAGUCGAGACUCUUUCUGGCAACAAAAUUGGUGCUUGUAAUACAAUCAAACGCUGAGCUAUCAAGCUUGGACAAUAUCAGGGGAAACACCAACUUGUGCCGAGCGCGGGAAAACAUCAGCUCUGUGCAAAGCAUGGGAAAACGCCAGCUUGUAUAAAGCAGGGGAAGACAAAAAUCUUUGUGUAAAGCGCGGGAAGCUUGCAUCAGUGCAACGCACAAUUUGGUGAAGGCGUAAAGCCAUACGAAAAAGCGCAUUUGCUUCAAAGCCGUUGUUACGCUUUGCAUUUGAGGCGAUUUGUAUGACUUUAGGAAGCGCCAUAGUUUUAAUACUCAUGUACACUUCUAUAACUAUCAAAGGAAACAGCUUUGUUUGAAUGGUUUGCAGCCAGUGUUUUGAUGAUUACAAAUGAGUCCGCUUUAAAGUAAAAUCACAUGUACACAGUAUUUGAUAUUUAAUUAUAACCAUGGAAUUUCCGGAGGGAAGAUUUUAUGUACGUAGCAACUACGAAAUGUGGAAGAACACGUUUUGUUGAAACAAUAAAGUUAAAUUGAAAAUAUGGUAGUAACAACUUGACUAAUGAAUACAUAUCGCGCAUCUAACUCCCAAAACAUUAUAAAUGUCAAGUGUUUUGAUACUAUUGUUCUUUCCGUUUAAGUUAUGACACUUAACAGUCUUCUCGUUUGUUUGCUCUUAACGCGACAUCUCCCAGAUGUUUCCGCCUUCCCGUCACCUCAAAGUACCAAACGCGAAUGACCUAAUAAGGACUUACUUCAGUUUCGCGUCUGAUUGAUUGAGAGGCAGUCAAAUAGCGAAAUAACGCAAAAACAAGGCGAUCCCGAAUUAUUUCCGACGCUUGAUUGAAAAUUGAUCUUGAUUCAGCUUCAAUACAGCAUGAUAGACAUGAAAAACAAAAAAACAAAAAACCGAAAUAUCUCCAAAAUCAAAGGAAUUAUUAUAUUUUUCUGAAUCUUUUCACUUAACUGUACCAGUGUAAAGCCAAAUUUUAAACAAAUACUACUGCAACCCAAUAAAUACUGAAUGAAUAUUAACAACAAAUGACAUGUAACCUUAUGCAAUUAAUGCGGUUGCCUCUGGAAGCAGGCAUGGGAAGCGGGCAUGGGUCGGGUAAUCACGACGUCCAUUCAAAACGU